UUCUCUCUGCCUGCCUCUCCACAGACUGAUGAUGGCUGAAGCCCAGCUGUUUGUAUCACAGGAUGAGUUCACCUGCUCAAUUUGUCUGGACACCCUGACUGACCCCGUGUCACUGCAUUGUGGUCACAGUUUCUGUCAGAAGUGUUUAACUAACUACUGGGAUCAGAGCCAAGUGUGCAGCUGUCCUCAGUGCAGACACACCUUCACCACAAGGCCUGAGCUGAACAGAAACACUCUGCUGAAUGAAGUCAUCAAGAAAUUAAAGAAGACGGCACUCAGUUCUCCUCCUCCUCAGAAUUAUACCGGUCCUGGAGAUGUGGAGUGUGACUUCUGUACUGGGAAGAAGUUCAGAGCGGUGAAGUCCUGUCUAACCUGCAUGGCCUCCUACUGUCAGACUCACCUGCAGCCUCACUAUGAAGGAGACGCCUGGAAGGGACACAAGCUGGUUGAUCCUGAUAGAAAUCUGAAGGAGAAACUCUGUGAGAAACAUCAGAAAAGUCUGGAGAUAUUUUGUAAAACUGAUGAUUCCUGUAUCUGCAUAAUUUGUGGAAUGACUGAACAUGAUGGUCAUGAAAAGGUUGAACUGGAGACUGAAAGAGAAGGAAAAAGAAACAGCUGGGGGCGACACUGA